UGAAUGAUCUGGAGCAUUACACACUUUCUACUUGGUGGUCGGUCAAUGUUUACCUGCAAACAAAGCUGCGAAAAGAGAAGAAAAAUAACACACAAUGUGUUGCUCGGUUGUUAUUGUUGUUGUUAGUGGUGGUGUUGCUGCAUUAAGUCAUCGUUGGUUAAAUUUUGCUUUAUGGUGGGAAUAUCUCAUUCAGCUCACUAUUGGUUGGAGGUGAACGCGUCAUGCAAACCGAACAGAAAAUCAAAUAUGAAAUUUCAUAUGAAGCAGUAAUAGAGAAAACAAACACUUUGCACGUUGCGCUGAGACUUGCAAAAAAAAAAAAAAGAUAAAACAUGUAAAGAGAAAAAACACAAAUUGACUAUUUAUUUUUGUUGUUUUCUGUUUUUUUUUUUCAUUUUUGUUCAUCCCGUUAACUACAUUCGAACAUACACGAAUGGAUACGAGUAUUUAUUGUUUGCUUGAAAAGUUCUAUUGAUUUUUUGAUCGUUUAAUAUGAAUCGAAUACAUGUUAUUUUAGUCAUUUUAUUUGUUCACUUUCACUUACAAGUGAAUUGCGUGCAACUGGUAGCAUUUGUAUCACAGCAUGGAUUGCAUGGUGAAAUCCAUUUUACACAGCAAAAUGAUAACUCCUUUGAGAUUCGGUCGAAAGUUGAAACGACCCUACAAUAUCCGGAUCAAAUUUGGAGUUGGGGCAUUCAUGAAAUGCCAACCGACUACAGAGAUGUGCAGCCGAAUCGACGUUGUCAUCCGAACACAUUGGGCAGGAAAUUGAUCGGUUUCGAUGAUCAUUUGGGAUAUUUGCAAUUACCCGGGAAUGAAACGACAACUUGGCAAAUUUCAGCCGAAAUCAGCGACAAAAUAAGCAUCUGGAGUAAGUCAUUGGUGUUGCAGAAUCUCGACACUGGAUCGUAUAUUUGUGCAACGAUAGCAACGAUUGAAGAGAAUAUUGAUCAUUUGGCCGAAGCCAGAUUCCAUGGGCCCAUUGCCGGUUCAAUUUAUUUCCAUUGGCUAACCGCCAAAGAUACCACUCACCGCGAAAAUAUGAUUACUUCAAAUCUUUUCCAUAUGGACAAUAUCACCGAACGUACACCAAUCACCACACACUCGUGGAAAAUAUUCGUAACUGAUAUCUUCGAGACGAAUGCCGAAAAAUCACAAAACAAUUGCAAUGUAUUGCAAAUCAUUUACGAUCCACAAAAUGAAGGUGUGGGCAAAUCUUUGGGUGACAUAGAUGGUCGCGUGGGGAAAAUUCAAGUUGCAACCGAUGUGUAUGGACACGAAGCGAAACAAUUAUUCCAAGACAAAGAGUUAAUUCUGCUGCCAAGUGAUUUAACGGGAACACAUCGACAGUUAUUUGUGGUGAUUUACGAUCAUAACUACCCGACUCGGUUUUUGGCUUGUGCCAAAAUUCGUAAUCUGAAAACACGCAUCGUGAAAUCGAUAUUCAAUUCGAAUGGAGUGAAAGGUGAAGUGACGAUACAUCAGCGUUCGCCAUAUGAACCGACAUGGUUGAAUUUCACCGUUUCUUCAGCAAAGAAUGAGCUGAGAGAGAAUACCGAGUAUUUGCGUGAUUUGGCUGGAUUUCAAAUUAAAACGUUGCCACCGGAUCCAACGUUGGCCAAUAUGAACACGUAUUGCAACAGCGCUGGAGGAAUUUACAAUCCAACCGAAGUGGAUAAUAGUAAAAAACCGCCGGCCGGGUAUGGUACACAGGAUCAAUAUCCGGUUGGUGAUCUGUCGGGAAAAUUGCAAAUGCGAAACAAAGACUAUCCACACAAUUAUCUGUUGCCAAUUACACCAGGAAAUGAGCUCAACGGAAUUUAUUGGGAUUUAUUCCUACCGAUACAGGGCAUGUACAGUGUGGUGCAUCGCGGUUUGGCCAUUGAACGAUACAAUCGAACUGAUGCAGCGAAUACAACAACGGCCAAUUGGGCGUGUGGCACAUUGACACUGUACCAAGAAAAUCGACAGUAUCAAAUGCCAAUGACCACGGCCCAAGUUCUUUUCCGCUAUCCCAUUGUUGGUAAAAUUCUAUUCCGGCAACCACGAGAUGAUCCACUGCAUGACACUACCAUUAUUAUUGAGUAUCUAAUUCAUGCUGAUGGAGCAAGUACGAAUACAAGUCAGUCUCAUCGCUGGGCAAUCCAUAGCAAUCCACCUGGUAAAGACUUUUAUGACUGGCAAAAUCGAUGUGCAAGUACAAAUCAAGUACACAAUCCCUAUAAGGUGGCAUUUGAUCCAGACAAUCCAUCUCGCACAUGUUCCAACGAGCAUCCGGCUAGUUGUCGUUUGGGUGAUUUGAACCAUCGCAUUGGAUCGCUCACAAUUGCUGGCAGUAAAAAAGAUAGAACAUUAACUCGUUCCGUUUUCACGGAUGCUGGGCUUCCGCUCAGUGGUUAUUACAGUAUAUUUGGAAAGUCUCUCGUGAUUUAUGAUGAUUUCGGACCAAAAGCACGCGGUGAACGAUUAGCUUGUUCAAUAAUCGAACGUCAUUUCCCGCGAAAGGUAGUGGCAAGCGAUUGGUAUGGCAAUGGUAUUACGAUAAGUGUCAAAGGGAAAAUUGAACUAUACCAACAGUCUGAAUAUGAAAUCACAAAUAUUGAUGUUCUCUUGAAGGGAUUGAAUGAAACGAGUGGCUAUCAUAUCCAUGAGGCAUCGAUUCAAGAGAAUUUAUUGUUCCCAUGCGAAGCGUCCACCAUUUAUGAUCAUUGGAAUCCACGCGGUGUGAAUCCGAAAACUUCACCAAUGCCACGCGAAGGUUCGACGGAUCUCUAUGAAAUGGGCGAUCUGAGUGGCAAAUUCGGUACGCUAGACCAUUUGUCAGAGUAUAUGGCUAGUUUUAAUGACACAAACAUUCCAUUGUUUGGGUAUGAAACGGUUUUGGGGCGAUCGGUUGUUAUUCAUAAAAAAUCGAAAAAUGUCCGAUGGGCGUGUAGCACUCUAGAACGCGGUUACAGUCCACAUGAAUCCAGAGAAAUUCGAGCGAUUGCAUCAUUUCAUCAUCCCAAAGGAUAUGCAUACGGUUACAUGAGAUUCACACAGUUGAUUCACAAUGAUGGCAGCAAAAGUGAUACUACCAUCGAAGUUAAAUUGAGACAUCCAGGAGAAAAUGACCGGAAUAUGACACGGCAUCAUCAUUGGAAAAUCUUUGUCAAUCCAGUUGGUGUGGAUGCCGUUGUACAGCAAACUAUUACGAGAUGCGUCGCUGGCGGUUACACAUGGAAUCCAUACUACACUCAAUUGGCUGAUCCACUCAACACCCAACUCUAUGAAGAAGAAUGUGGCGCUGACAAUCCAUUGCGAUGCUAUGUUGGAGAUAUCUCCUUGCGCACCAGUACUAUCGAUAUUGGUGAUAAGCGUGUAAUAUUCUCGGAUCAAAAUUUGCCACUGGAAGGUGUACAAAGUGCGCUGGGCCGAUCGAUCGUUUUAUUCGGCCCGAACUAUUCAUAUGAACGAUUUGCUUGUGCAAACAUCGAACCAGAUCACGAUAUCAUCAAAUAUGUGAAUCUGCAGCGCCCGCCAAAAUUUGUUGUUGCUCAAUUCAUGGAAGAAGUGAGACAAGUGAUGGGAGUGCCUGAAUGGUUUUUAAGUGUUGAUUCGCGUAAAAUCACCCUAUUGCAUGGUGGUGCUUGUGUUCAAAUGUUGAUCCAUUUCAAAGGGCCGUUGGCUCAUCAAAUGGAAUUGGAUCUAUCACGUUUGAUAGCCGGCGGCAAACUUGAUUCACCAACUCUGAACAUUCACGGGUAUGCCAGUACAAAGCGAAAGAAAGUCUUGGCAUAUCGAGUUUGUGGUGUGCGUGAUCCAAAUGAAAAAAGUGGACGGAAAAGUCGAUUUGGUGGACAUUUUACUAGUGGCAGUAUUGCGAUCGAAAGUAUUUCAUCGAAAUUAUUUCUGUUUCAGGUUACAAUUUUAGUUGUUGCUCGAUUUUUGUAGAUAAAACGUUGUGCAAUUGUUAAUCAUUGAAUUAUAUGACUGAAGAAAAAAAAACUUAGUACAUUAUGCUGCAAAUUUUUUUUAUAGUCAAAACCUUUGAUGAAAAUGAAUUUUUGUCAAAUAAAACAAGUAUUUAAAACCAAAAUAAA